CAGGAAGUGACGUCAGGCGGCCGCAGAGAUGGAGGACGUGCUGGACCUAGGCGAGGAGCGGCGACGCGGCUCGGCCACCUCCGGAGCCAAGAUGGGGCGCCGAGCUCAACAGGAGUCAGCUCAAGCCGAGAAUCAUCUCACUGGCAAGAAUUCCUCUUCGACUCUGACUGCAGAGGCUCCCCCUCCCAAGCCACCACGCAGGCAAGGAGGCUGGGCAGAUGACUCCAUGAAGGCUUCCAAGUCAGGAAGGAGGGCUUCUGAAGAGAUAGAAGAUCACCGCCUCAGACAGCAGAGCCUGGAUGGAUCAGAUGAUGGAGGAGAUAUUCCUGUUAUUCCAGACCUGGAAGAAGUACAGGAGGAAGACUUUGUUUUGCAGGUGGCGGCCCCUCCCAGCAUCCAGGUCAACCGGGUGAUGACCUACCGUGACCUGGAUAAUGACCUCGUGAAGUACGCAGCCUUUCAGACCUUGGAUGGAGAGAUCGACCUGAAGCUCCUCACCAAAGUCCUGGCGCCGGAGCAUGAGGUUCGAGAGACACCUUUAUGUUCCAACCAGCGUUGUCGCCCACCCGAGACUUCAGAGGGCCUCCCAAGAAGAUGACCCAAGAGGGGUGAUAGAAUGGUUGAGCUUCGACAGGUACCUCAGCGUGGUUUUCCACAGACACCGGCGGGGGGGCGGCGGGGAGGAGGUGUGGAGUGGGCCUCCUGCAUGUGGCGGAUUGACUGGGUCCUUACCAGUUUCUCCCAGACUGGCUCGUGUCUGAGAAGCCCCAGCUGGUCUCUGGCAAAAUCUCCCGUGGUGUCUUUGGCAUGGGGUGGUAGCUGCAGAGCUGCUGUUCAUAGGCUGGACCCUGGUGGGAAAGUCGGUUCCUUCAUGAGAUUCUGACUACCACGUAGGACGCACCAGGCGCUGUUCCAGACACUCCAAGCAAAACUCCCUUCUCUCAAAGCGCUUCCGUUCUGGUGGGGGAGAUGGAGCAAUAAGUAAGAUAGAGAGGGCGUCAGAUGGUAAUCGGUGCUAUGGAGAAAAAUCCAGCAGGACGGGGAAGGGAGUGCUGGGCUCGGGGUGCAGUGUUAGGUGGGCGGUUAGGGAAGGUCUCACUGAGAAGGUGACAUUUGAGCAAAGACCUGAAGAAGGUGAAGGAAGGAGCGGAACCGGUCCCUGGGGAAGAGCAUUCCAAGGAGAGAGAAGAGUAUUUGCAAAAGCCAAGAGCGGGGCAUAGACCCGGCUUCUUUGAGUAGCGGCAGGAGGCGGUUGACUGGCGGGAGGGGACCAGGGGAGAGGAGACGCUGUGUCUUGCUGGGCCCAGCCCUGGGCCCACCACAGAAGAGGCCUCUGUGCAUGUAGGGUCCGCUCUCCCCAGUGACACGCGCACCCUCAGGCUCCGUGGGCUCGUCAGGCCGCCUUUGGAAAACUUUCCUCAGAGGCCUGCACGGCCCCUCCAUGCCUCGGCCUGGGAAGAAGGGUUGAUGCCUCAUCGAGGGAGAGGGGAACCGUGAGCUCUUCUGCCACAGAACUGAGGCCAGGCGGCUGCUGCCAGCUCCCGCAGGCGGGGGCGUGCCGUGUGUGGGGCAGAUGGCAGUACCGUGAGGCCCCUGAGUGCCGCGCUCCCUGGAAACUUGUAGUUCUGAUGAAAAGCUCAAGGAAGAAAUUCUUGUGGGCAGGCCGGCCUGUGGCUGAACCCGAGGCCAUCUCCACCCAUGAUGGUUGGCUCGUCUGCUAAACCCCAGGACACCCCCAGACAGGCUUCUGGAGCUACAUGCUCCAGACGGAAGUGGACUCCAGUGCGGGCCCAGUGUUGCUGGACCCCAGAGUGCUGCUCACAGAGACCAAGGCCUUUCUUGCUUAGUGGUGAGGGCGGCUCCUGGGAGCAUUGGUGCUGGAAUGAAAGGUAGGAUUUGCCACAGCAAGAUAAGGAAGUUUAGCAUCCUUGCUCUGCUUGCCCAAGCAGUGCUAUGCUUUUCUCCCAGAGGCCAAAGAGUCAGUGGGGAAGGGCGUGAGUGGAGGGGGUAAGGAGCAGUGUCAAAGAACACAGAUUCUGGAAUCAGGCGGGCCUGGGGUCCAGUCGCAUCUCUUCACUUAGUCGCUGUGGGUCCUUGAGCAAGCUGCUUUCCCCUUCUUUUCUUUUUUUUAAUAUAUAAAUUUAUUUAUUUAUUUGUUUGUUUAUUUAUGGCUGAAUUGGGUCUUUGUUGCUGCGCGGGGGCUUUCUCUAGUUGUGGUGAGUGGGGGCUACUCUUCGUUGCAGUGCGCGGGCUUCUCAUUGCGGUGGUUUCUCCUGUUGUGGAGCACGGGCUCUAGGCGUGCGGGCUUCAGUAGUUGUGGCUCGCGGGCUCUAGAGCGCAGGCUCAGUAGUUGUGGCGCAUGGGCUUAGUUGCUCCGCGGCAUGUGGGAUCUUCCCGGACCAGGGCUCGAACCCAUGUCCCCUGCAUUGGCAGGCGGAUUCUUAACUACUGUGCCACCAGGGAAGCCCCUGCUUUCCCCUUCUGAUCCUGUUUUUUCUCAUCUAUAAAAUGGGGAUAAUCUUAGGAUUGUAAUGCCUGGUAAAAUCUGACGGCUAUUGGAUUUUGGAACUGAUGGGGUGGAAAAGUGAACCUAGGGAAAGUCACAUUGGGUAUUUUAUUGCAACAACAAACAUUUGCAUCUCUCAAGGAGCUCCCACCUCCGUUUCCCCUCCUGCAUCAUCUUUCAGCCAUGGAUAGAGAAUGGUUUGGUACCAGGGUUUUUUGUUUUGUUUUUAUAACAACUUUAUUGACGUUUAAUUUGCAUACCUUAAAAUUUACCCCCUGAAAGUAUACAAUUCAGUGAUUUUAGUAAAUUUAUGGAGCUGUGCAACCAUAACCAUAAUUCUGUUUCCGGAACAUUUUCAUCAUCCUAUAAGGCUCCCUUGUGUCUGUUGACAGUUAAUCCCCACUCCCACUCCCAGCCCCGGGCAACCACUGAUCUGCCUACCGACUCUUGAUUGGUUGUUUCUGGAAAUUUCAUAUAAAUGCACUCAUAUAACAUGUGGUCUUUUGAGUCUGGCUGCGUGCACUUAGUGUAUUUUCAAGGUCCAUCCAUGUCGUAGCAUGUGCCAGUGGUUCAUCCUUUGGAAUGCUGAAUGUUACUCUGUUGUAUGGACACGUACCACAUUUUGUUUAUCCCUCAGUUAAUGGACAUUUGGGUUGUUUCUAGUUUGGGCUUAAGAAUAAAGCCCCUGUGGACCUUCAUGGCCAUGUCUUUGUGUGGACAGAUGUCUUCAUUUCUCUAAGGUAGAUUCCUAAGAGUGAAAUUGCUGGGUCGGAUGGUGUAUUUAUGUUUAACUUUUAAGAAACUGCCAAAACUGUUUUCCAGGGCAUUGGUUUUGUUUGUUUGUUUGUUUGUUUUUCAGUGCUUUAGAGUAUCAGGAUUAAUUCAGUAAAAAUUAAGAUUCUUUUUCUUGUCUCCUUUCCGUACGUGUUUCAAAGGUCACUGCUAAGUUUAUAGGAGGCACCACCUCCUGAUUCCUCCCUCCCUGACUUCUUUCUGUCAUUGAGCUUAUCUCUGUUGAGAGCACAGAGCUCAUCGGUCUGCUCUCCCCACCAGCCUAUAAGCUUCUUCAGGGUUAGACCGCGUGUUCUUUGAGUUUCUGUCAAGGCCUUUGCAUAUUCCAGGAGUUCAAAGUCACAUAAGACAUGGUCCUGACCCCAAGGAGCUUACAAGCUAGUAGAGAAAUAGACAAGAUUCCUCUGUGUUCUCAAAGCAUUGGUUUUGAAAAACAGAGGCUUUCCGGAUGAGUGGAGGAGCCCAAAUGAUCCACUGCAAAGUGCAGGUGAAGAGAGAGAAAGGGAGCUUGGUUUUUCCACUAAGAAAUACAGAGGUGGGUUGGUUUGCUUAAAGCAGGGGUCAGCGUACCACAGCCUGUGGACCAAAUCCAGCCCGCCACCUGUUCUUGUUAACUUUCACUGGAACACGGCCAUGCUCCUUAAUUUACAUACUGUCUAUGGCUGCUUUGGGGCUGCAGUAGCAGAACUGAGUUGUGACAGAGACCAUGUGGCCGGCAAAGCCUGAAUUAUUUACUCUCUGGCCCUUUACAGAAAAAGUUUACCAAUUCCUCCUUAGACGGAAGAAUGAAGGUGAGAAAUAACAGCCGCAGACUCCCAAAGUUCAGCUGCUUGUUGCUGUUCAGAAACGCAAUCGCAGCAGGAGUGAUUGGAGUUAGAUGUAAGGAAAGACUGGAAGGGUGGGAAGAUUCUGGCUCCUAAAAGAGAGCCACAAAUUUCCCUUAAGAAAAGGAAAAAACAAACAAAAACCACUUAUCAGUUGCAGCAAAGUUGGGACAAAAUCCAUCUGGAGACAAAAAGCUGGAAAGGGUGACUGGGUUCCUUGGCCUUUGAUCCUGUUUGAGAUGUGGGGUGAGGGGGGUCUCUCGGAAUCAAAUACCUUUGGCGGCAGGCUCAGAAUAAUGAUGAGGAAGCCCAGUGGAAGGGGGUUAGGAGCAAGGGAGGGAGAAAAGCCCGAUUUCUCCUUUGGUGAAGUAGAAAUCAGAAAGUAAGGGUGUCGGGAGCAGCGAGAGAAAGAGGCUGCCCCUCUUGUGGCCAAGGCGGAGUGAAUUAAUUCCCGGCAUAUGUUCCCAGCAUCUGUCGUGGUGACCUGGACCGGAGGGGUCAGCGAGAGAGGGGACCGUGCCAGCGCCGAGCAUUAGCCCAGAAUGCCCGGGCCACAGAGGCUUUUGGCUUCCACAGAAUGAUGGCUGUCCAGCUCUCCUAGCAGCAUCUGCCGCAGCUGCAGCAAACAGUGCUGCGGGGGGGGGAGGGAGUGCUCCCCACAAGAGAACACCUGCUGUGAAGGGGCUGGACGAAGACCAGAAAGAGUCCUGCAAAAGGCCGUCUCUUCCAGGUCUCGGGCUGCAGUGGAUUCGACCCGCCAGACGCGCGUCCUGCCAGCAGACUGGAGGUGAUGCACAGGACGGCACUGAGAGGGGCAGGGGCAGGGGAGCCACAGCCCUGGAUGGAAAGAACGCGCAGGGUUGGAACGCCCUCCUAAGUGCCAGUCUCAGAAACCCCCCGGAUACUAUUUGGGCUGCUCGGUGCUAAAGUGUCCCUCAGGAAUCAGAGGUCAACCCGGAGGGGGCAAGGUAAGAGGGCACGGAGGCUAAGAAUGCAGACGAUGCCAAGUUCAAGUCCCUGUGCUUCCAGGUCACAGCUGCAUACUUCCUCGUGCGUCCGUUUUCUCAUCUAUAGAGUGAGGUAGAAAACAAUUCCUGUCUUUGUUGUAGAAUUAUGAUGAUUAAACCACAUACUAUACGUCAAGUGUCCGGCACGAAGGAAGCACUCGAUGGUGAUUAGUUCUGAUCACACUGGGUGGACAGGCAACAUUCCCCCUGAUGGCAAGUCACGGGCAUUAGGCGCUGACAGCACCUAUGUGGGCAUCUAACCCAAGGUCGUGGGCUGGAGGCCCACAGACUGACUUCGACCCACAGGACAUGAUUGAUUUGGCCAACACAUAAGUUUGUUUUUUUUAAUUGAAGUAUAGUUGAUUUACAGUGUUGUGCCAAUCUCUACUGUACAGCAAAGUGACUCAGUUUUAUACAUAUAUACAUUCUUUUUUUUUUUUUGCGGUACGCGGGCCUCUCACUGUUGUGGCCUCUCCCGUUGCGGAGCACAGGCUCCAGACGCGCAGGCUCAGCGGCCAUGGCUCAUGGGCCCAGCCGCUCCGCGGCAUGUGGGAUCUUCCCGGACCGGGGCACGAACCCGCAUCCCCCUCAUCGGCAGACGGACCCCCAACCACUGCGCCACCAGGGAAGCCCCAUAUACAUUCUUUUUUAAUAUUCUUUUCCAUUAUGGUUUAUCACAGGGUAUUGAAUAUACUUCUCUGUGCAAUAAAGUAGGACCUUGCUGUUGAUCCAUUCUAAAUGUAAUAGUCUACAUGUACCAACCCCAAAGUCCCAGUCCAUUCCUCUCCUUCCCACCCCGCUCCCCAUCCUUGGCAACCACAAGUCUGUUCUGUGUCUAUGAGUCUGUUUCUGUUUUGUAGAUACGUUCAUUUGUGUCAUAGUUUAGAUUCCACAUAUAAGUGACAUCAUAUGGUAUUUGUCUUUUCUCUUUCUGACUUACUUCACUUAGUAUGAUAAUCUCUAGUUGCAUCCCAACACACGACUUUUUAAUUAUUUGGUUAAUUACCAACAUUUAAAAUGGAAAGGUUUCACAUUAAACCCAGAUUGCCAGCCUCUCUUAGGAAAUUGGGAGAUCUGUCCACCUUGGGGCCACAGUCACUAGGGCAGUGACUGACAUGAGCAGAGAGGCCAGAGCUCCCCUGGGUAAGGGCAGGUCAGCACGCCCCACCCCACUCUCACCCUCACCCUCACCCUCACUUACAUUUCUGCCUGGACACUGCAGGCACUGACUUUGAGACACCUGCCCCACCUCCUCAUUUUGCCUGUAAGGGUCCUGUUCGCCAGGGGCACUCACCCAAGGUCAUGGAUACUGGAACUCGAGUCCUGACUUGCAGGCUGGCCAGUGUCCUUUGUCAGUAACCAGGACCCCCUGCCUGAUGGAUAAGCUAAAACCACACGAGCUCUGGAGAAGAUCCAGUUUCCCUACCCUGGAGUCAUCCCCCUCUGAUCAGGAAGCUUAACCCUGUUUCCAUCAUGGGUCUGACAAGAGUUUGAGCAGAGUCCUGGGAUAUUUCCAGGGCCAAUAACUGGACCCUCCGCCAUUUGCCCUCCACUGAAUUGUUUAAACUCUGCCCUGGAGCUGACGGCAUUUGCUCGGGAUGAGGGUCCAGCUCAGCAGUCAACGUUAGCAGGUUCGCCUUCUUUCCGUGGCUGCCACCAGUGCGUCAGUCGUGCGACUGAGGUGUGACGGAGAAGGGGGCAGCUGAGGCUGCAGGGAAUGUGUCUGGCUUUCAGGCUUCAGGGACAGGAGAGCACACCCCAUCCGCCGGCCAGCAGGGUCCCCAUGCCGAGCUCAGGAGGAGGGACAGCCCUGGCUGCGCCACUCAGCUCGCCCUUCAGGAGAACUUGCACAAGGAGUGAUGUGCCUUCAGGGUCAGCCUGCAGGCCGAGGCCAUGAGCUUCCCAGGCAGCAGCCAGCCAGUUGCUGAACGUGGCGGCGGUGCAGGGCUCACCGAUCCUGGCCAGCACAGGACUCCUCUGCGACAGUCUUUGCACCAGAGCUCCCCUGGGUCUGACCAGGGCUUUCUCAGAGCUGCACAGCGAUCUGAGACCCUUGCUAUCCAAUCCUCCUUCCUCCCCUCUCUCUUCACAGCUGUCAGACCUUCAUCACCACCUGAAGCCUCUCCCUGUUACCUCCUGCUUCCUCUCCCCUUUAUCUUUCUGUCCUGGUGUCCUUCUCACAGGACCCAAACAGUGGGCCUGGGGUGGUCCAGCUAGACUUGGUGAGGAAAGAUUCCCAGGCAGGGCUGAGAGGAGACAGCUGGUUAGGGGUGUGGGUAGCGGUUUCUCCCCCAAAUCUAUAUGCCUCCCAAACCCCAGUGGCAUGGCUGGGGUGUGGGCUGGGUUUGGAGAGGGAUAGACGGGGGUUGACCAGAGCUCGAUCACUCUCUCACUCAUGGAAGUGCCGCCUUAGAACCCAGUCCAGCUGAGGAGGCCUGAGAAGGAGAAACUGCAAUCCCACAGUGGACAUGUGGCAAAAGAAUCUGGUGUCCUCUCAGCAGGAGAAGAAGAUAGCUCCCUUUCUUUGCUGGGGUCGGGCACGAAGAGCCUCUGUUGGUGGCUUUAUGGGCAGAGAACAGGGGGAGUCACGGUUACCAGGCCUACCAGGAGACAGGGUGUGCCCUCCAGAGGGCCACAUGUUACCCAUCAUGGUCUGGAGGCGUCACUGCUGAAGGUGGGAGAAGAGGUGGUGUUUAGGCGACUGUGCCGAGAUCUCUCCAGGAGCAGGGACCUGGUAGCCGAGCCCCCCAUGCCACACAGCGGUCGGGGCGGCAUGCUGUCCGCCGGCAGAGGGGAGGCUGCCUCGGGCUUUGUGAAGGGCCAGGCUCAUCCUGACUGAAGCCCAGUGGGCAGCACCACACUGUACCUAAGGCACAGCGCCCUCCAAGGUGCUCGUGCAGUUUUAAGGACAAAGACACUGCAACCAAGACUGAACAAGGAAGCCACCUCCCAGGGUGUAGCUGGAGGAGAUAGCACUUGGUAGGGGAAGCUAAGCAAAGAGAAGAAGUCAGUUUAGCUCUUUAACUAGAGAACAGAGAAAACAAGAAUAAAACCGAAACCUGGAUAAGGCAGGGCAGGGCAGAGCGGGGCGGGGAUGCUACAUAGGGGCAGGAGGGAACCUUUUAGGGUAAUGGAAAUGUUCCAUAAUUUGAUUGUGGAGAUGUUUACAUGUCUGUUUAUAAAACUCAUCAAACUAUCCACUUAAAAAAGGGUGUUUUUUUAUUGUAUGUAACUUGUACCUCAAUAAGCAUGACUUUAAAAAGAUUCUCCCCAUCACUCCCUCAUCACCUCAGGUAGCCGAGCUGGCCGAGUUUCUGUUUGUCCCACAGCAUCGUACCAAUUUUUGCAACAUCCCCUGUGCCAUGGUGCCCGGCAGCUUGGCCGUCCCUGAGAACUGGGUCGGGAAGCAGAGAGGCCCUGCAGUGCCACCUCCGCCCCUGCCCCUCAGACUAGGGGUCUGCUGAGACUCCGGAGCUAGCUUUAAAAUUUUAUCUGCAGUUUAAUUUUCCAUGAUUUUCUAUGAAAGGGAAAUACAGCAAGUUUGACUAGGUAGGCAAUUUGUAGUCCAAUUUGAAGUAAAAUACAGGCAUUUGGGAAUCAUUUUUGACUUUCUAAUGGGAACGCAGGUCCGUUGAACACAGAGCAAGGAAGGACACAAGGAACCUUAAAGACCCAAGACCUUUUAAAAUAGAUGUGACCCUAGAGAGAGCAGGCUGUGCCAUGUAAUGCAUUGCAAGAAAUCUUUCGACCUGGGGGAUGAGCAGAGACGUAGGAACAUCUGAUGCCCGAUCUUUAAAAAAAAAAAGUUUCUCUCUUUAAAAGCUUACAAAUCCCAUUAAAAAAAUAUGAUCUUUACUAACAU